AUGUCCAAAGCCCUCCUCAUCACCGGCGCAACAGGCCAACAAGGCGGUGCGACAAUCGACGCUCUCAUCAGCUCCCCAUCCCACACCUCCGACUUCACAAUCCUAGCCGUAACUCGCAACCCCUCUUCCGCCUCAGCGACCUCCCUGCAAGCCAAAUCCCCAGCCAUCAAGCUGGUCGCCGGAGACUUCAACGAUGUGCCCGGUAUCUUCGCUGCCGCUGAAGCACUUCAGAAGCCCAUUCAUGGUGUCUUCGCUGUCACCACAUUCCUAGGUAAAGGUCAGAGUGUGGAGACCGAAGAAAAAACCGGCAAAGCAUUGGUGGACGAAGCACUGAAGCACGGUGUCAAGCAUUUCGUUUUCACCUCGGUGGAUCGCGGUGGUGACAAGUCCAUCGACAACCCCACCGAAGUGCCUCAUUUCAUUUCCAAGCACAACAUCGAGCGCCAUUUGAUUGACAGCGCAAAAGGCACUGACAUGAAGUACACCAUUCUGCGUCCCGUCGGCUUCAUGGACAACUGGGUCCCUGGGUUCAUGGGCAAAACUUUUGGCGCAAUGUGGUCAGCAGCCCUCAAACCAGACCGCAAGUUGCAGUUGAUCAGUGUGCGCGACAUCGGCCACUUUGCCGCUGAGGCCUUCCGCAACCCGGCCAAAUACAACAGCCGUGCUAUCUCUCUUGCGGGAGAUGAACUCACCUUGUCUGAAGCUGAUAAGGUGUGGAAGAACGCUGUGGGACACGGAGCACCAAACACAUUCUCGUUUGUGGGAUCGGGUUUGUUUUGGGUCAGCAAGGAGCUGAGUACCAUGUUCAGAUGGUUUCAGACCGAUGGCUACAACGUCGACAUUGCUGCUCUCAAGAAGGAACACCCUGGUCUGCAGACCUUGGGUGAUUGGAUUGUCAACGAGAGUGCUUUCAAGAAGAACUGA